CAUUCAGCAUGCGAGUUUGUUUGGAACUCCAUGUGACAGCGACUUCAUUUAAAAUAACAGAUACAACCCGCUAAAUUGAACGCUUUUCCGGCAGUUUAUCACAGCAGUCAUGGGCAAAAAAAGCAAGAAAGAGAAGAAGGUGAAGGGAGCGGAGAAGACGGCCGCCAAAAUGGAGAAAAAGGUUUCAAAGAGGUCCAAAAGAGAGGAGGAGGACUUGGAGGCGAUGAUCGCGGAGUUUCAGAAUCUGGAUGCAAAGAAGACAACAGUUGUAGAGACAAUCUGUCCUCCUCCAUCAGCAAGGCUGAGUGCGUCCAUCUCCGCCCAUCCUGAGAAGGAUGAACUCAUCCUGUUUGGAGGAGAAUUCUUCAAUGGAAGGAAGACGUACCUGUACAAUGAUUUGUUUUUCUACAACAUCAAGAAGAACAACUGGGUUAAAUCAGAGAUCCCCAACCCCCCUCCCCCGCGCUGCGCUCACCAGGCGGUGGUCGUUCCCCAGGGCGGGGGACAGCUCUGGGUGUUCGGGGGAGAGUUUGCCUCUCCCAACGGGGAACAGUUCUACCACUACAAGGACCUCUGGGUGCUGCACCUGGCUACACACACUUGGGAGAACAUCAAGGCGCCCGGGGGUCCAUCAGGGCGCAGCGGCCACAGGAUGGUGCUCAGCAAGAAGCAUUUGCUGGUGUUCGGAGGUUUCCAUGAGAGCAACAG